AUAGCACGAGGUUAGAUUGACUCACUCGUCAGAAGUAGUUGCCCCGCGUGUGCGGAGGCAUUUUGUCAAUAUGAGUUUUGACGUCUUUUGGAGGUUUUCCUGACACCUGCCAUGACAGAGGAACAAAAGCGUCACCGCCUGCAGUAUAAACACUCUCUGUAAAUGAGAUAACUGGAAAGGACGUGGAUCUAGUCUGAGCCUAAUUCACCACAUGACCGAGCAAGUUCGCCUGAGGCCCCACAAGGUGUAUCAGUCAGAGACCAUGGAGGGGCUCGAGGAGGACAGACCGUGUGCGAAAUGGAGGCUCGCUUGUGGUUUGCACAGUUACAACCUGAGGGAUGUCUGCACAUGGAGUCUGCUGAAGACCAUAGUGAUGGGCCAGGUGUUGUCCCUGCUGAUCUGUGGGACAGCGGUGAGCUGUCAGUACCUGGCCGACGCCAAGGUGGAGACACCCAUGCUGCAGAGCUUCCUCAACUACGCCCUGCUGCUGCUCGUCUACACCACCAUCCUCUGCUUCCGCAAAGGUGAAAGGAACAUCAUAGAGAUUUUAAAAACCAAGUGGUGGAAGUAUUUGGUGAUGGGUUUGGCAGAUGUGGAGGCAAACUAUGCAGUCGUGAAGGCCUACCAGUUCACCACGCUGACCAGUAUACAGCUGCUCGACUGUUUUGUGAUCCCUGUGCUGAUGUUACUGUCCUGGUUCUUGUUGAAGACCCGCUACAGGCUGGUCCACUUUUUAGCUGUGGCCGUGUGUUUGUUGGGGGUGGGGGCCAUGGUGGGAGCCGACAUCCUGGCAGGCAGAGACCAGGGAUCCAGGAGCGACGUGGUGCUGGGAGAUGGUUUGGUCCUGCUCAGCGCGGUCCUUUAUGCCGUAUCCAACGUGUGUCAGGAGUACACGGUGAAGAACUUGAGCCGGGUCGAGUUUCUGGGCAUGAUGGGGCUGUUUGGGACGGUCAUCAGUGGCAUACAGCUAGUUGUACUUGAAAGUAAAGCCGUAGCAGCGAUACAGUGGGACCUUCACAUUUCGAUGCUGUUUGCGCUGUACGCGCUGUGCAUGUACGCUCUGUACAGCUUCAUGCCUGUGGUGGUGAAGAUGACCAGCGCUACUGCCGUCAACCUCUCCAUGCUCACCGCUGACCUCUUCAGCCUCUUCUGCGGGAUCUUCCUCUUUCACUACAUAUUUUCUACCCUGUACAUCAUCUCUUUCGUCAUCAUCACCAUGGGCUUCAUCAUGUUCAACGCUGUUCCCACGUACUCGGCGCUCCCGGACUCCGGCUCCAGUGAAAAUGGAGACCCGCCCGCCGACGCCACGUCAAGCCAUCUGCUGUCCCUGAACGGAGAAUAUCAGAGGACUGAGACGGUCACGGCUGUGGCUGCCAUGUGACUGACACUGACCGAGGGGGGGAGGAAGGUCUUUCUGCUGUAAGAGGAGGUCAUUACAAUGUUACUGAAGUACUCAUGGUUGGUUUUUAGCGUUUUCAUAAUCACAGAAAACGCAGCUGCUUUUGAUUAUUUAUAAAUAACUUUCCAUUCCUUUUUACAUGAGGUUACUUUUAAAGAUAUUUCUUCAUGGAUAUUUUACAAAAAUCAUCUGUUACUGCACUUACAUUGUGUUGAACUUAAACAAUGCACCAUUAUGGCUGCUUUAAAUUAGUCUAAACUGUUUUCUGUCAGCGAUGUCUUUUUUUAAACUUCUUUUAAAAAAAAAAAAAAAUGUUUUGAGGUGAACACGGUCCAAUCACAAUUCACUUUUGUUGCCUUUGAUGCUGUUACAAUCGUCAUUUGGUAAUCUGUCAAGUUUACUGUCAAUCAUGUUUUUGUUUACCUUGUGUUGCCAAAAUGUACAGCAUGUGACAUGCAGACAGAGUUUUACCUAUUUUAUAUUAAAGACAUUUUUAUAUGCUCA